AUGUCUGUUCGUCCCAUUGUUGUCUCUGGCCCUUCCGGUACUGGCAAGUCUACUCUUCUUAAGAAACUUUUUGCGGAAUACCCUGAUAAGUUUGGGUUUUCAGUUUCUCACACUACAAGAAGCCCCAGACCUGGCGAAGUAAAUGGGAAAGACUAUAAUUUUGUCACAGUUGACCAGUUCAAAGAAUUGAUUGAUAAAAAAGGAUUUAUUGAAUGGGCUCAGUUUUCUGGUAAUUAUUACGGUACUUCUAUUGAUGCUGUUAAACGUGUGUUAGAGAAAGACAACAAAACAUGCAUAUUGGAUAUAGAUAUGCAAGGUGUUAAGAGUGUCAAGAAAACGGAUCUUAAUGCUCGAUUUCUGUUUUUGGCACCCCCUUCUCUUGAAGAUCUUAAAGCGCGACUCACAGGCAGAGGCACUGAAUCUUCUGAAUCACUAGAGAAACGACUAAAACAAGCUGAGGUUGAACUAGAAUAUUCUAAAGAACCUGGUGCUCAUGAUAAAAUUAUUGUCAAUGAAGAUCUUGAUAGAGCAUAUCAAGAAUUCAAGGAUUUUAUGCUUGCUAAUGAGUAA